UCUAAUCCCGUCCGUCUCAACCCUUUUCGCUUUUCUUUUUUUCAUGUUAAUGCUGCUGAAAAUGGCGGUCGGGCAGAGGACUAAAAUGGCCAAACCAACUUUGUCUUCACCACCUGGACCAUGGAAAUUACCUUUCAUAGGAAAUCUUCACCAGAUGAUUGGCUACCCGCCUCAUCAUCGCCUAAGAGACCUCGCGAAAAUAUACGGACCCUUGAUGCAUUUGCAGCUCGGUGAAGUCUCCUACAUUGUUGUUUCUUCACCCGAGAUCGCGAAAGAGGUAAUGAAAACCCAUGAUGUUAAUUUUUCUCAAAGACCCCCACUCCUUAUCGCCAGCAAGUAUUACGGUGUAGACAUUGCCUUUGCGCAUUAUGGAGAUUAUUGGAGAGCGUUGAGGAAAAUCUGCGUUGAUGAAUUGCUGAGUCCGAAGCGCGUGCAGUCCUUUCGGUCAAUCAGAGAAGAAGAAGUGUCCAAUCUUAUUAGAAGUCUCCACUCAAAUUCAGGUUUGCCCGUAAAUCUUAGCGAGAAAAUUUUUUCCAUGACGCACGUCAUCACUGCAAGGGCCGCUUUCGGAAAGAAAUGUAAGGAUCAAGAAGAGUUUAUAUCGAAGGUGGAUGAAGAACUAAGGAUUGCUGCGAAUUUCAGCAUUGCUGAGGCAUUCCCUUCUCAAAAGUGGCUUCUCUGGAUUAGUGGCCUUGGGCCUAAAUAUGAGAAGAAUGUGCAGAUACUUGACAAAAUACUCGACAACAUAAUCGAUGACCGGAAAGCAGACAAGGCGACGGCAAAGACGGAAAAAGGUCAAGCAGAUUGUCUACUUGACGUCUUUUUGAAUCUUCAGGAUAGUGGCGAUCUUCCAUUUCCAUUGGAAACUAGAAACAUCAAAGCAGUAAUUAUGAAUGUGUUCGUUGGUGGGAGCGAGACAUCAUCAACUGUGGUGGAGUGGGCAAUGUUGGAGAUGCUAAAGAACCCAAGAGCGAUGGAAAAAGCACAGGCUGAAGUGAGAAAAGUAUUUGGCAAUCAAGGAAACGCGGACGAAACAAGUCUCCACGAGUUGAAAUUCUUAAAAAUGGUCAUUAAAGAAACCUUAAGAUUGCACCCUCCAGCACCUCUGCUACUUCCAAGAGAAUCCAAAGAAAACUGUGUGAUUAAUGGAUAUUUUAUACCUGCCAAAUCUAGGGUCCUUAACAAUGCGUGGGCAAUAGGAAGGGAUCCAAAUUACUGGAGCGAAGCUGAGAGGUUUUUCCCUGAGAGGUUCAUUGAUAGUUCUGUUGAUUUCCGAGGGAAUAGCUUUGAACUCAUCCCAUUUGGUGCUGGUAGAAGAAUGUGUCCCGGCAUAUCAUUUGGCAUGGCCGAUAUUGAGCUUCCUCUUGCACAGUUGUUGUUCCAUUUUGAUUGGAAACUCCCUCAUGGAAUCGGCCAUGAAAAGCUCGAUAUGACGGAGAGCUUUGGUUUGUCUGUGAGAAGAAAUGGACAUAUCUACUGUAUUCCAGUUCCUUUUAGUCCUGAUUCUAGUGGGUGAGAAAAGAAGAAAAAAAAAAAAAAAGGUUGUCCUUAUAUUUGUAUUGUCCACAAGUUGUUUUUAUCUGAGACCUUUUUUUUUUCAUUUUUUUUCUUUUGGCGACGCUUGAUUUGAUCUGGACACCAUGUCCUACUG